CAUGCAUAGUAAAUCCACCAUGUUUAAUAUGUUCUCGAUCAGUUUCAGAUUAUUCAUGAUACUCGUCUAGAGGCACAGAAUGCUCAUUAAGGUUAAGACUCUGACCGGAAAGGAAAUUGAGAUUGACAUUGAGCCUACUGAUAAGGUUGAGAGGAUUAAAGAACGAGUAGAAGAGAAGGAAGGAAUCCCUCCCCCGCAGCAAAGAUUGAUUUUCUCUGGUAAGCAGAUGAACGAUGAUAAGAUAGCGAGUGAUUACAAGAUACAGGGUGGUUCAGUUCUUCAUCUAGUUCUUGCUCUCAGGUAG